GUGGCAGUAAAUCGGGCGAGUGGGGAACCGGGCGCAGGACCUGCCGCCGCGGCCGGGAGUGGUGCUGCCCGGACGGGGGCCCACGGGGGUCAGUGGGGCGGAGGACUCGGAAGCUGACAGCGCGCACUUCACCCGCAGUUAGUAGCGACGGAGAAGAUAGCUCGCUGAGCUGGAACCCCACAGAUCGCCAGUGAAAAUGAAGGCGGCGGAUGAGCCUGCCUACCUGACAGUGGGAACUGAUGUCAGUGCCAAGUACCGAGGUGCCUUCUGUGAGGCAAAAAUUAAGACUGUGAAAAGGCUGGUAAAAGUUAAGGUACUCCUGAAACAGGAUAAUACUACACAAUUGGUGCAGGACGAUCAAGUAAAGGGUCCUUUAAGAGUUGGAGCUAUUGUUGAAACAAGGACAUCUGAUGGAUCCUUUCAGGAAGCUAUUAUCAGCAAGUUGACAGAUGCUAGUUGGUAUACUGUGGUGUUUGAUGAUGGUGAUGAGAGAACACUGAGACGCACUUCACUUUGCCUAAAAGGAGAGAGACAUUUUGCCGAGAGUGAGACACUUGACCAGCUUCCCUUAACAAAUCCAGAGCAUUUUGGAACUCCUGUAAUUGCAAAGAAGACGAACAGAGGAAGGAGGUCAUCUCUUCCUGUUAAUGAAGAUGAAAAGGAAGAAGAAAGUAGUGAAGAGGAAGAUGACGAUAAGCGACGUCUCAAUGACGAAUUGUUAGGAAAAGUUGUAAGUGUGAUAUCAACAUCUGAGAAGACUGAUGGGUAUCCUGCUUUGGUAAUAUCUCCCAGCUGUAAUGAUGACAUCACAGUGAAAAAAGACCAGUGUUUAGUUCGAUCAUUUAUCGAUUCUAAAUUUUAUUCUAUAGCAAGAAAGGAUAUCAAGGAAAUAGAUAUUCUCAAUCUACCUGAAUCUGAGCUCUCUGCUAAACCAGGGCUUCAGAAAGCAAGCAUCUUCUUAAAAACCAGAAUUGUUCCUGAUAAUUGGAAAAUGGAUAUAAGUGAAAUCCUUGAAUCAUCCAGUAGUGAUGAUGAAGAUGGUCCAGCUGAAGAACAUGAUGAAGAGAAGGAAAAGGAAACCAAAAAAGAAGAAGAAGAGGUGCCUGAGGAAGAACUUGAUCCUGAAGAGAGGGACAACUUCCUCCAACAGCUUUAUAAGUUUAUGGAAGACAGAGGUACUCCAAUCAACAAACCACCUGUUUUGGGCUAUAAAGAUCUCAAUCUCUUCAAACUCUUUAGACUGGUUUAUCAUCAAGGUGGAUGUGACAAUAUUGAUAGUGGUGCUGUAUGGAAGCAAAUUUAUAUGGACCUUGGCAUUCCUAUUUUGAAUUCAGCUGCUUCCUACAAUGUAAAAACUGCUUAUAGAAAGUAUCUCUAUGGUUUUGAGGAAUACUGCCGUUCUGCAAAUAUUCAGUUCAGAACUGUUCACCACCAUGAACCAAAAGUAAAAGAGGAAAAAAAAGAGUUAGAAGAAUCAAUGGAAGAGGCUCUAAAAGUAGAUCAAGAAAUGCCUUUAGUAGAAGUGAAGAGUGAACCUGAGGAGAAUAUUGAUUCAAACAGUGAAAGUGAAAGAGAAGAAAUAGAAUUAAAAUCUCCAAGGGGACGAAGGAGAAUAGCUCGAGAUGCAAAUUCUAUUAAAAAGGAAAUUGAAGAAGACAAGACAGAAGACAAAUUGAAAGACAAUGAUACAGAGAAUAAAGAUGUAGUUGAGGACUAUGAAACCGUGGAGAGAAAAGAAAACGAGUUACUGCUGGGGAGAAAAAAUACACCAAAGCAAAAGGAGAAGAAAAUUAAAAAGCAGGAGGAUUCUGAUAAAGACUCAGAUGAAGAGGAAGAAAAAAGCCAAGAGAGGGAAGAAACUGAAAGCAAAUGUGACUCUGAUGGGGAGGAAGAUGAGGAAGACAUGGAACCCUGCCUAACAGGAACCAAAGUGAAAGUAAAAUAUGGUCGAGGAAAAACGCAGAAAAUCUAUGAAGCUAGUAUUAAAAGCACUGAAAUUGAUGAUGGAGAAGUUUUAUACUUGGUACAUUACUAUGGAUGGAAUGUCAGGUAUGAUGAAUGGGUGAAGGCUGACAGGAUAAUCUGGCCUUUGGACAAAGGUGGACCAAAGAAAAAACAGAAGAAAAAAGCAAAAAAUAAAGAAGACAGUGAAAAGGAUGAAAAGAGGGAUGAAGAGAGGCAGAAGUCAAAACGAGGACGACCUCCUUUAAAAUCUACCCUUUCAUCAAACAUGCCAUAUGGUUUGUCUAAGACUCCAAACAGUGAAGGAAAAUCAGGUACCAGAAGUGCUCGCAGCAGUAUGCCAGACAGCUCACCUCUGUCAAAUGGAAUGGAAGACUCUUGCUCAUCUGAUAGUGAAACAGAAGACCUUUUAGAAAAGAAUUUGAUGAAUGAAGAACUUUCUCCUGAUAUUAAAGAACUAGAAAAAAAUGAACACUUGAAUGACGAUAAACUAGAUGAAGAAAAUCCAAAGAUUGCUGCACAUAUAUUAAAAGAAAACGAAAGGACACAAAUGCAGCCUUUAGAAACACUGAAGUUAGAAGUUGGAGAGAAUGAACAAAUAGUACAGAUUUUUGGAAAUAAAGUGGAACAAGGAGAAGAAGUUAAGAAAGAGGCUGAAAAAUCUCCUAAAGGAAAGGGAAGACGAAGCAAGACAAAAGAUCUUUCUUUAGAAAUUAUAAAGAUUUCAUCAUUUAGCCAGGAUGAAGCAGGAAGUGAAUCUCAUAUAGAAGCUCAGAGUCUAGAAUUUUCUUCACUAGACAGUAAAAAUUUUUCCUCUACUGCUGAAGAUGAAAUUGACCAGUGUGCAAAAGAAAAAAAGUUGAAACGGAAAUUACUGGGACAGUCAUCACCAGAGAAAAAAACAAGAAUUGAGAAUGGAAUGGAAAUGACAAACAGCGUAUCUCAAGAAAAGACCAGUGACUGUACUGCAUCUGAGGGAAUGAAAAACUUAAAUUUUGAACAACAUUUUGAAGUAGAAAAUGAAGAAAUGCCAUCAUUAAUCGCAGAGUCCAACCAACGCAGUCAAGAAUUGACUAGUGAAAAAUUUGAUAGUCCAGCUGAAGAAACUGUAAAUACUCCACUAAAAGAAGAAGAGGAUGCAAUGCCUCUGAUUGGGCCUGAGACCUUGGUUUGCCAUGAAGUAGACUUGGAUGAUUUGGAUGAGAAGGAUAAGACCAGUAUUGAAGAUGUAGUAGUUGAAAACUCUGAGUCUAACUCUCUUGUUUCUAUUCCACCUGCCCUACCUCCUGUUGUACAGCAUCACUUUUCAGUAGCUUCACCACUUACUCUCAGUCAAGAUGAGUCUCGAAGUAUAAAAAGUGAGAGUGACAUAACCAUUGAAGUUGAUAGCAUUGCUGAAGAAUCUCAAGAAGGUCUCUGUGAGAGGGAAUCUGCAAAUGGGUUUGAAGCCGGUGUUGCCUCUGGUACCUGUAGUAUAAUUGUUCAAGAAAGAGAGAACAGAGAGAAGGGUCAGAAAAGGCCAAAUGAUGGAAAUAGUGGAUUAUUGGCAAAAAAGCAAAAGCGUACCCCAAAGCGAACAAGUGCUGUAGCCAAAAGUGAAAAGAAUGGAACAGGACAAAGCAGUGAUAGUGAAGAUCUUCCUGUCCUGGACAAUUCAAGUAAAUGUACACCAGUAAAGCAUCUUAGUGUGUCUAAGCCACAGAAGCUUGCACGAUCUCCUGCAAGGAUUUCCCCUCACAUCAAAGAUGGAGAAAAAGAUAAACACAGGGAUAAACAUCCAAAUUCGUCCCCUAGAACAUAUAAAUGGAGCUUUCAACUCAAUGAAUUAGAUAAUAUGAACAGUACAGAGAGAAUCUCUUUUCUCCAAGAAAAAUUACAAGAAAUAAGAAAAUAUUACAUGUCUUUGAAAUCCGAAGUGGCAACCAUAGACAGGAGGAGAAAAAGAUUAAAAAAGAAAGACAGAGAAGUGUCUCAUGCAGGAGCCUCCAUGUCAUCUGCUUCGUCAGACACUGGAAUGAGCCCAUCAUCAUCAUCUCCCCCACAAAAUGUGCUUGCUGUAGAAUGCAGGUGAUGAACGCUUUCUCUGCCUUCCCAGCAGUUUGCUGCCAUGGACAUAAAUCCCAAAACCCUGAAAUACAACCACAGAAAGCACUCAACUGGUUUGACAUUGCUAAGUAUAUCCUGUAUACUUUUCCAGGCUGGAUUGUAUCUAUUCCCUCUCUUUUCUUUUUUUUUUCUGUUGCAAACAAUAAGCUGAUUAAUAACUGAAGGUUAGGCAGCCUGCCAUAUUUGUCAUAAUUUUUCCUAAUUUUUCAUUUUUUGUGAAGAUAGAAAAAGGGCACUUAGCAAAUUUGGAUUUGUAUAAUAAAGCUUUCAAAUGUUAUAGAAAUCAUAGACAAGCAAGUGCACAUGAUAAACAUCAAAAUAUUAUCCAGCUGAAUAGUGACUGCUGCACUUUCACUAAGAUGUAUUUGAACACUUGGUGAGUAGGGGGUUUAUGUUGUGUUUUUUUUUUUUUUAAUUAUUGUUGCUGUUGUUUUUUUAUUUUUGUGGAAGCACUUGCUAUUUAGAACUGCCAAAGUAUAUGUUCAGCAGUGUGCCCAGGUUUAAAGGUGUAAAUGGGACAAAAUAAAUUGUGAAAGGAAGUGUAGUUGACUGAAAACUACAGUUGUAAUAAGUCUUCCACUUUUUAUAGGAUUUUUGAGCACACAAUUAUGCAAAUAUUUUAAUGUUUAUUAAUGUUUACAGUGGAAUUGUGAAUAAGUUUUCAGUGGACUAUCUUAUCCCUUGACAAAAAUAUUUUGUCUUUUUUCUAUGUAAUUUCAGAGUUUUUAUUUUGUUACAAAAAGACAAAAAUGAAAUAUAUAACAACAAUGAAGUUAUUUAACAAGAUUUCUAAAGCUGAAAAUUUUGUGUAAAAUAAGGUAUUAUCUUGCAACUUGUUAAAUAUAUUUAUUCAGACAUUGGAUGUUGUAUUUUUAUGUAUUUUUUAAAAUAUUAAUAAAAUGGAAAAAAAGAAAAUUCUAGGUUAAUUCACUCUUUGGAUGACAAUAGCUCUCAGCUGUCCCUUUCACAGGAGGUUGCAUCCAGCAGCUCUGCCCGCGCUGAAGGGAGCGCGUCUCCGUCCUUCAGACAGCACGGACUCUAAAUGGGCAUCUGCAUCAUUAAAGUAUGUCCUCGUUUAGAAACUUUGGCAGUCCUAGUAUUUAAACUGUUUCGAGGAUCAAAUUUUUGGUUGCCCUUACAAUACUUUGUCAUAGUUUUUAUGUUUGCUAUACUGCCGAAUAAAUUUCUUAUCUCCCAAAGUUGAGAUGCAACAACUAAGUAAAGCAACUAUGUAUGCUUUGUCUGUGAAUUGUUCCACAGACUGAUACAUUUUGUAAAUAAUUCUUCCAAAAUCAUGUAUUUAAAGCAUUUUUGCCAUAUACAUUAUGUAAAAAGGUGAUUUUUUAAAAUCAGUUUUUAAAUUCAUGUUUGUACAUUGAAAGGGGUUUUUUUUAAACCUCCUUUUCUGUGUUUAAUAUGCUGUAGAGUAAUAACCUAGAUGCUCUAGACUGUAUAUCAGGAUCUGAUUUACAAGAACAAAGUCAGAGCCAAACACUAGUGAUGGCAUAGCAUUACUGAAAUCAUUGUUUCUUAAUUUCAUUUUACCACAUUGUGAACUUGUGAUUCAGAUUCCUUCCAUUUUCGCAGAGAAUUAAAAAGAAAAAAAGUACUCUUGUAAAAUGCACUUUCCUGUCUUUUCUUUGCAAAGCAGAAGUAUUUCAAUGUAAAAUAAAAAUGGAGCUCAGUGGGCAGUAUUAAUAAAGGCCAUGUUUUAAACAUA